AUUUUUCGGUUAAUGAUUACCCUGCCCGCCAGCAUGCUGGGCUCCGGCUGCUCGGCUCCUCCAGCCAGCCCAGCUGCCAGCUGCCCUCCCUGUGGCAAGAUGCUUGCAACGCUGCCUACAGCUGCGGUUGUGGUCCUGCUGGUGAGGAGCCUGGGACUCGCCCAAGCCCGCAAGACUGAGCCUCUGAGUGGGUCUAGUGACCAGCCUCUCUUCCGCGGGGCAGACCAGUACAACUUUGGCAUUGUCGUCCCUGCAGCCAGCGUAGAGUGCUUCUGGCAAUUUGCACAUCAGAGUGGCUUUUUCUACUUUAGCUAUCAGGUGCAGUGGACUUCAGGGAUUAGUCACGACAAACACAUCCUGGCGACUGCAAAUGAUCCCAACGGCCUCCACCUUGGCACCUCCCAGGAUGUGCGGGGACAGAUCACCUUCCAAACCAAGGAGACAGGGUUCUAUCAGCUCUGCCUGAGCAAUCGGUACAACCACUUUGGCUCCGUGCAGGUCUAUCUCAACUUUGGGGUCUUCUAUGAGGGCUUUGAUUUACAAAAUACACAUGAAGUGGAGAGGAAAAGACUCAAUGACACACUGGAUGUAAUCGAGGAGAGUACCAAAAAACUGCUGCAGGGCAUCUUCCAAAUAUGGCGCUAUUACACUUUUAGUCGGAUGAAGAGCACGUCGGACUACUUCCUUCUCCAGUCCAAUUACAACUAUGUGAAUUGGUGGUCAGCGGCCCAAAGCCUGGCCAUCAUCCUCUCUGGCAUCCUGCAGCUCUACUUCCUCAAGCGCCUCUUCAUCAUGCAGCCCACCACAGCCACCAACAAGCCACGGUGCUAAGGCUGCUUCAUAAGGCUACUUAUGCCAGACCUAACCCUCCCCCCCGACAGAUGCCCUGUCCUUGCCACCCAUAUAAGAUGCCACCUGCAUGCCUUCCCCUUGCCAGCCAUCUGACUUAACAGCUGCAAGUGGCAAAGGAAAGCAAGGAGACAGAGCUUGCGGGUAGCAUGUCCACCGGGUGCUGUUGCCUCUUUCACGGAUCUUGGCUGACAAAUCCCAGCAUUGCUACUUCUUCAAGAGAAGGGGGACUGGCAUCACUGGCUAGUCACGGGGUGGCUGACUCGGAAUGAAAAUGACCCAGGUUAAAAUAAACAUGACUCAAAACA